AUUUUUGCUGUUGUUCCAUUGUGUUGUUUAUUAUUCUGCAUCUGCUAUUAUUACCUGAGAGUAAUUCGUGACUUGAAGAGAAUGGAAUCAAUACAAUGCAGCCCAAUCUACGCCCAUGCUGCUGAAACUAUCGCAGGGCUAGCAGUCGUUCGAACAUCACACAUGCAAGAGAACUUCCUGGAAAUAAUGUUCAGGCUUCAAGACGAAUACUCCAAAAUUAUUUAUGUGACCAUAGCAACUAAAAUGUGGUUUAAUAUCAACACCGACUUGUUGUUUGCAACACUGCUUACUGCGAUUGCUGGAAUCUCCUGGGCCACUAACAUGGACAAAGGUUUGGCUGCAAUGUUGGUUACUCUAGUCGUUGGCCUUUUGUCCAUUGUUACAUAUGCCUUAACACAGAUUCCCGAGAUAGAAAGUCAGAUGACGUCUGUUGAGAGAGUCUUGAGUUACACCAACUUACCUUCAGAACCAGGCUACGACAGUGACAUUCAUCCACCAGAGGAUUGGCCAACAAAUGGGUCACUGAGUUUGCGCAAUGUCUCUUUAAUCUACUUUGAAGGCGGGCCUCGUGUUCUUAAAGAUAUCAGCCUCGAUGUGAAACCUGCUGACAAAGUAGGCAUUGCAGGAAGAACAGGAGCGGGCAAGUCGUCCCUCGUGGCAUCGUUGUUUCGUAUGCCUGAUCCUGAAGGUGGGGUGUAUAUUGACGGCGUUGAUCUUGGCACCAUUCAACUACAGGCCGCUCGACGUUCCAUGGCUGUCAUUACACAAGAUCCUGUUUUGUUUAUCGGAAGCCUCAGGCAAAACUUGGAUCCAUUUGACAGCCUGACAGAUUUGCAACUGUGGACCGCUCUCGAUGAGGUCCAACUAAAACAAAAAGUGCAAAAUCUAGAUGGCCAAUUGGAAUACCCGAUAGGAGAAGGAGGGUCAGGUCUCAGCGCUGGAGAAAGACAACUCCUAUGUCUUGCUCGGGCGCUACUACAGAAAUGUCAAAUACUUGUACUGGAUGAGGCCACGGCUAAUAUUGACUAUCAAACAGACCAAAUGAUACAGCAAACCAUACGAAACAAGUUUACCAAGUGUACUGCAGUUUCACAGUGCAAUGGAAUUGUACUAAACAUUGCAUUUGACCGAUCAUAUCACAAACGGAAGUCAAACGACCACGAGUGGGGAAAUGAAGGGGGAUUUAAUUUCUAG